GCCACCUUCCUAACAAUGGCGUUGCGAGACAGACCAAACCAGCUGUCAAGUAACCCUGAUUUAAACGUUAUUUCCAGCGUAACCCUAUGGCGGCGGCGUCCCUUGCUCCUCUCGGGACAAAUAGCACCCUUUGCCUUGCUGUGGGCGGCGUGGGCGGCGUUUGGGAGCGUGGGCGGCGGAGAAAUUGGCGAUAUAAGAUGGUGGUGUGGCGUGGCUGUACUCGGAGGGAGUCAAAUCCUCUGCUUCCUGGCGUGUCAUUGGUCCAUUGUCGCUAAAUGCCUCCUUACGUGCAGCCAGGAGACAGACCCUCGAAAGGCAACCCUGGCUAGAGUCACACCAACUGCAAACAAUGGAUCGGCAGAGUUGGUACCCCUGCAAAGAGUGAAGAUAUCAGAAGAGGAGGAGGAAGAAGAGGAGGAGGAGGAAGAGGAAGACAAUGAGAAGAAGAGGAGGAAGAAGAGGGAGGAAGAGGAAGAAGAAGAAGAAGAAGAGGAACGUAUUUUUUUCAUAUUUCAAAAAGUUAAAUACAUUCUGACAAAAAAUAGCCCAAAAUCGCCAAAAAAUAGCCCAAUUUCUGACCAGGCUCCAAAAAAUAGCCCAAUUUCCAGCCCAACUGCAGAUAGCCUUCAAAAUAGUUCCUUUCUCCCUCUUGACUAUCCCACCGGCCUCAGACUAUCCGACUAUCUACUAUCUAAGGGCCACUUGAAGCAGGAGAGUGUGGACAAGGCUACGAGGAAGUACGGCCCUAACCUAUUACAAAUGGACAUCCCGGAAUUCAUGGAACUAUUUAAGGACAGAGCAACAGCGCCAUUUUUUGUGUUCCAAGUGUUCUGCGUGGCCCUCUGGUGUCUGGAUGACUAUUGGUACUAUUCUGUGUUCACUCUCUGCAUGUUAGUGGUUUUCGAAUGCACUCUGUCCAGCAACAGCUCAGAAAUAUCAGAAAUUUCUCCAAACCAUUACUACUUCCAGGUUUACAGGGCAAGAAGAUGGCGUCCUAUCCUGACUACUGCACUAGUUCCUGGCGAUAUAGUCAGCGUUAUCAGAAAUAGUAAUAGUAGUAGUAGUAGUAGUAAUAAUCCUACUACUACUACUACUACUAAUACAAACAGUGACUAUUUGGUGCCAUGUGACCUGCUACUAUUGAGAGGGUCAUGUGUGGUGGACGAGAGCAUGCUAACAGGAGAAAGCAUACCACAGAUGAAGGAGGGAAUCUCGGGGGCAGACGACACCAAGCUACACUCGGAUAGUCAAAAUAGUCGAGGCGGACAGGGUUGCCAACUGCUCAAUAUGGCGACUGAUUCCAAGCUUCAUGUUCUCUAUGGGGGCACGAAGCUUGUCCAGCACACCCCCCCCGCCAAGACUACUACUGCCCUCAGAGGUCCGGACGGAGGGUGUGUCUGCUACGUGUUGAGAACGGGUUUUGCCACUGCUCAAGGUCGCCUAUUGAAGACUAUUUUGUUUGGAGUCAGCCGAGUGACAGCGAAUAGUUUGGAAACACUGGCAUUUAUACUAUUCCUGCUAGUCUUUGCUGUGGCUGCUGCUGCGUACGUGUGGGUGAAAGGCACAGAGGAUCCGGAGAGGAGCCGCUACAAACUAUUUCUCGAGUGCACACUGAUCCUAACUUCAGUAGUACCACCAGAGCUGCCUAUCGAACUAUCCCUGGCUGUCAAUACAUCGCUACUAUCGCUCUCCAAACUAUCUGUGUUCUGCACUGAGCCUUUCCGAAUCCCACUGGCCGGGAAGGUGGAUGUGGCCUGCCUGGACAAAACUGGGACUUUAACCUCUAGUGACCUUGUGGUGGAGGGGCUGGCAGGGCUAAGGGGCACGGCUGAGAUAGUUCCAUUGAGCGAGGCACCUCCGGAUAGUAUUCAGGUAGUAGCAGCUUGUCACUCCCUCGUACAGCUUGAAGACGGACUGGUUGGAGAUCCACAAGAGAAGGCGACAUUGGCUGCCAUAGACUGGAUUCUGACUAAGGGCGACAGUUCUGGGGCAGCUGUAGUUCCGAGGAAAGGGAAGAUGGCUGGCCUGCGUAUCCUUCAAAGGUUUCACUUCACUGCCCAGCUGAAGAGAAUGGCAGUUGUGGCAGGCUACACCACUGUAUCUGGCGACAUCAACUACCUGUCAGCGGUCAAGGGGGCCCCAGAGACCAUCAGGGGAAUGCUCCACACAGUUCCUGAGGGCUAUGACGACACGUAUAAGACGCUUUCAAAACGGGGCGCUCGCGUUUUGGCUCUUGCAAGGAAGGACAUUGGAAAGUUAUCUCACUCAGAAGUAAGGUCGCUCACAAGGGGGGAGCUGGAGAGUGGGCUGACCUUUGCUGGAUUCGUCAUUAUUUCUUGCCCAUUAAAGCGAGAUUCUAAAGAAGUUAUUAAGGAAAUUAUUAACUCGUCUCAUUCGGCUGUCAUCCUAACUGGCGACAAUUACUUAACGGCUUGCCAUGUCGCCAGUGAGCUCAGGUUCACCCAAAAGUCAGCUGUGUUGGUCUUGCAGGCCAAGAGGAAAUCGAGCGAGGAAUUGAGCGAGAGAGAGCGAGAGUGGGAGUGGAGAGAUCUGGACGACUCUCUCUCUUUCUCUCGCUCUUUUUCAGAGAUUGGAUUAGAGCUAGCUUUAAAAAAAUAUGACCUCUGUGUUACUGGUGAGGUAAGUGUGUCCGUAUGGUCUGGCGCACCUCCACACAAUUGCCUAGGCCUACUGAGGUCUAUUUUGCCAGCAAUUCGAGUAUUUGCACGAGUCUCUCCAAGCCAGAAGGAAUUGGCCAUUACUCUCUAUAAAGACCUUGGCUAUACUACUUUGAUGUGUGGGGAUGGCACCAAUGAUGUAGGGGCCCUCAAGCACGCCCACUGUGGCGUGGCUAUACUAUCAGGGGCUCCGGAUAGACCUACCUCAACCAUGCGGCGAGUCAGACAGACGGACAGACAGACAGACAGGCAGACAGACAGGCAGACAGACAGACAGGCGGAGCGGAGAGGGAAGAGGAACGCUGGUGGUGGUCGAUACUCUCUAUCAGCCAAUCAUCAUCAGGAACAGAUGGCCAAGCUUCAGAAACUCCUACAGGACUUAGAGCAAGAGAACAACAUGAUAGUGAAGUUAGGAGACGCCUCCAUUGCUGCUCCAUUCACCUCCAAGCUCUCUUCAAUACAGUGCGUGUGCCACAUCAUCAAGCAGGGCCGCUGUACUCUUGUGACCACUCUGCAGAUGUUCAAAAUCUUGGCUUUAAAUGCUCUAAUAUUGGCGUACUCCCAGUCUGUCCUUUAUUUGGACGGAAUUAAAUUUAGUGACUACCAGGCGACUCUGCAAGGCCUCCUACUGGCUGGCUGUUUCCUCUUCAUCUCUCGCUCAAAGCCACUCCCGGAGUUGAGCAAGCAACGACCUCUUCCAAACAUCUUCAACAUGUACACAAUAUCCACAGUCUUGCUACAAUUUGCCACACAUUUCUGGUGUCUGGUCUACCUCGUCUCACUGGCCAACGAGAUCAGCCCCAGGAGGUUAGGACCAUCCGACUUGGAGAAGGAAUUUGAACCUAACUUGAUCAAUUCUACAGUUUACAUCAUCUCCCUGUCUCUACAAAUCUCCACCUUCGCCAUUAACUAUCGGGGACGGCCAUAUAUGGAGAGCCUAGGGGACAACAAACCGCUGCUGUACUGCCUUGGGUCCGCCUUCUCAUUGGUUGUCUGUCUGAGUGUCGGACUCUUCCCAGAAUUCAGCCGGCAGUUUGAAAUAGUGGAGUUUUCGGAGGAGUUCCGGCUGACUCUGUUGAAGGUUCUGGUGGUCGAUUUCUCUCUCUCUCUCGCCGCCGACCGCCUCUGCCUCGCUCUAUUUGGUGAAGGACGCCUCUCCCCCAAGCUCCGCCACUCCUCGCUUUAAUUAGAGCGAGGGGAGUGGGUAGGUGGCGGAUUUGAGCGAGGAAAAGUUUAGGAUGGAGAGAAUUGAAGAGAGAAACACGUAAGGGGGUUUAGAGCGAGA